AUGGAGGGCGUUGUCAAGCCCCAGGACAGUAGUAACACUCAAACCUGUAUGCGGGCUAAUAGCCCUCGGCUUCUACGUUGGGCGUUACCCAUCCGCCCAUCAUGCAGCAAGAUAGUCACCUCGAUCCCGAGUUUCGCUGAAAGCCAGCACCAGCACCGAUCAUGGGCUGGAAGCUUCGCUGCCCGAGCUCCGCAUGCAGCUCCGCAAAAGGUCCGAGGUUUCUCGUCCAGCGCCCGCCGGCGCUUUAUGCUGGAUGGUGAUUCUACGAUUUAUGCAUUGUCAACGGCUCCUGGAAGAGCUGCGAUUGCAGUUGUGCGAGUCUCUGGGCCGGCGUGUUCUUCGAUCUACAGCGCUCUUUGUCCCGGCAAACCUCUGCCAAAGCCCCGAUUCGCAACUCUUCGCACGCUUUAUGAUCCUUCAUAUCCACCCUCAUCAAACACGAUUCUCGACGCAGGUGCAUUAGUCCUCUACUUCCCCGGCCCUAAAACUGUCACUGGCGAAGAUGUGCUCGAACUACACGUACACGGUGGCCCAGCCAUCAUCAAGGCCGUGCUGAAUGCCAUUGCGUUUACGAGCCAAACCGACGCUGUCGUUCGCUACGCCGAGCCGGGCGAAUUCACGCGUCGCGCUUUCAUGAAUGACCGUCUGGGUCUUCCACAAAUCGAGGCUCUAGGUGAUACUCUCUCCGCAGAUACGGAGCAGCAGCGACGACUGGCUGUUCGUGGCGCAAGCGAUGCUCUCCUCAAGCGGUAUGAGGCGUGGCGUCAGACGCUGCUAUAUGCGCGCGGGGAGCUGGAGGCGCUGAUUGAUUUCUCGGAAGAUCAGCACUUUGAUGAGUCGACCGAGGAGCUUGUCGCGUCCGUUGCGGGUCAGGUGCGGAGCUUGGUGGUGCAGAUUGGAUUCCAUGUGCAGAAUGCUAGCAAGGGUGAACUUUUACGAAAUGGAAUUCGUGUAGCACUGCUGGGCGCACCGAAUGCAGGCAAAAGUUCCUUGCUGAAUCGAGUGGUCGGGAAAGAAGCGGCUAUCGUGAGCACUGAGGAAGGUACCACGCGUGAUAUAGUGGAUGUUGGCGUCGACAUCGGCGGAUGGUACUGCAAACUUGGAGACAUGGCUGGGAUUCGCGCCGAAGCCAGCGUGUCUGGUAAGGUCGUGAUCGGUGCUGUUGAGAAGGAGGGCAUUCGACGGGCAAGGGAGAGAGCUCUGGAAUCUGAUGUGGUGGUUGUGGUGGUUUCCCUAGAGCACGAUGGGUCGGACGUUCGGUUGUGUGUUGAGCCCGAGGUUCUGGACGCUGUCAAUGACUGCGUAGAGGCUGGGAAAUGCCUUGUCGUGGCUGUGAACAAAUGCGACAAAUUACCUGCCGAAGAUUGGGGUGCCUCGCUGCCACCGACGUUGGUAGAGAGAGUCCAUGAGCUUUUCCCUGCUGUGUCGGCAGAUCGCGUUUUUGCAAUUUCAUGUAAUGAUGCGCAGCGUGCAGCGCUCUCUGUCUCCAAUCGCCAAAAACGCGUUCAACCAGAUCCGGGAAAUAUUCAGACUUUCCUACGAGGACUCAUUUCCACAUUCGAACAAAUCGCAUCACCUCUGGGGGCGGACGGAGAUGAACAUGGAUCAUAUGACAAAUCCUAUUGGGAAGAUUCGUUGGGAGUCACACAUCGACAAAGCUCUAAUUUACAAAAAUGUCUCGAUCACUUGCACGACUUUUUGUCCCAAACCACAACGAAUGACUCUGAACAUUCUAUCCCCGUGCCUAACCAUGCUUCGGCCUUUGCUGAUCUUGACGUCGACAUUGUGACUGCCGCUGAACACUUGCGCUUUGCUGCUGACAUGCUGACCAAAAUCACCGGCAAGGGAGAGAGCGGAGAUGUUGAGGAUGUGCUUGGUGUAGUCUUUGAAAAGUGA